UAUAAUAUGCGGUGUAGACGUAACUGCAAGCUGACGCUCUGGAUCAAUGCUCCAGGCGUCGGCGCUCCACCAACACCAUUCUCCAUUUUCCAGAACUUCACUCCUGACUGUUACCGGGAGGUUCGAAAGAAAAAAAAAUUGAGGAACCAGAACUAAAUAAAUAAAUUGCAAACUACGAAAUCACUAGCGAAACGGUAAAAUGAGAUUCCUCGACUCACCUCUGAUUCGACCGAGUUUUUGAGCAAUAAAUAAAAAAGAAAAAUUUGUCAAUUUUCCCUAGAGUUCAAGAUACUCGAAAAGCGAAAAAAAAAUAUUAUAACUGGGGGAUUAAGAAAAAACACAAUAUAGAUAAAUUUAUGCACCCCCCUGGCAGUGCGUCGGGGGCAAAUAUGACGUUUGAUUUGAUAUGGAGUCACUUGACUAAUACGAUUUUAAUUAAUUCUGUUACAAAUAACAAGAGAUCUGUCACACUUUGGGCGAGACCCCUUGCACCCCUCCUACAUUGGCAAUAUGUCUCACAUCAUCCCUCUUAUUAUUUCGAUUAGUGAAUCUCUCCCCACCGAAUAUAACACUUGUAAGUCCAUUCAUGGAUAAAAGCCAAAGCUUUUGGCAGAAGACUUGAUUUGUUUUUGUCUUGACUUGUAUGAUUUUUAUCAUGAAAGUUGUUUAUUUUUAAAGUUUAACACUAUUCACCUUUUUCUAGAAUAAUUUGAAAAUGAAUUGUUAGUAUUGCUGAAGUAUUUGUAUGAAUAACUUUUGUUGUGAAAAAAGAAUGUUUAAAAAUUGUUUCCCUGGAACAUUCUUUUUUUCAAUGUAAUGUAUCGCGAAUAAAAGUGACAUUCAAACUGUCCGUUGACAUUUUCAUGGAAUUUUGAAUUUUUUAGUCCCAGAUAUGUGGAAAGUUCAUGAGUCGUUCGAAAUUGUUGAUUGAUAUUGGUGAUAAAAAUAAAGAAAUAAAAAAAUCAUGUGGUGAAAAAUGAUGGAAAAUGUAAAAAUCUAUUGGGAGCCCGCUUGGUCGAGCAAGUGCUUUAUUGACAAUAAUCUCAACUGCAAGUGGUCGUUCGCCCCACCCUGGCGGGAGCCGGAACAAAUGGGAGACGAUGCCGGGGCAAAUCUCCGCGCAACCCGACCAAUCCCGGCUCGACGAUGGCAAAUGACUGAAGCUCACGGAGGCGGAGUUAACACUUGAAUCCCGUUAUCAUUCAGAAAAUCCUCGGGCUAUCGAGAUUAAUCCUGGGGUGUCGUCACUUCGUGGUUAAGUGUCGUCCAAGAUACGUCGAAAGUGGUAAAAGAUAAUUGAAUUGGUGCCAACUAAUUAAUGAAUCAACGAGUGGAUCGCGCACUUCCCAGGAUAAAUAACACUAAACUAGUGUGUGUUCCAGAGCUUUCUGUCAAUUUGCCGCUUUUCAUAAUUGGAAAAAAAAAUUAUUAGGAUUUUAUUGAUGGAGUUGAUUGUCUAAGUGAAUGGUUUUAUGUGAUUUUCGAUUUUUUUUCAAAUUAUCACAGGACAGUGGGUUGAUAUUCCGGUGGAUAUGAGCUACAGCGAACCAUUGUGGGAAAUUAACGGAAAUCAAGGCCCAUACGUUGGUGGGGAAAUGCCUGGGUAUCCAAUGUGGGACAGUUCGGUGCUCUACCAGCCGCCGCCGCCGACGCAUCCCCACGUCAACGAUCACGGCAACGGAAUAUACCGUCAGCCCUGUGCUCUUCUUCACCAAAGUCGGUAUACGUCAAACGGAAGGAUCCCGAACCAGCCUACUUCCACAACCAAGAAACCACGACGACGGGUAGCUUCGGUAUCACAAAGACGAGCCGCCAACAUUCGGGAGAGGCGACGGAUGUUCAAUCUCAAUGAAGCUUUCGAUAAACUUCGUAAAAAGGUUCCAACAUUCGCUUACGAAAAGAGACUUUCGCGGAUUGAAACUCUUCGUCUGGCCAUUACGUACAUCGCAUUCAUGGGAGAAUUGCUGGGAAUUGAACCCUCCAGCCCCAAAGCUGACUACAUUCCACGAGAGUACUAUCUGCCGAACUAAUAGCAGAUUUUUCAAAAUUAUUUCCGUACCAAAGCAGGAAACCAAAGAAAACCACAAUCGUCGAUUGUCUGACAGUUCUGAUCCAACGAUCAGAUAAAAUUAUGUUUACAUUCGUUUACGAUGUUUUACUGUAUAAAUCCAAUGUCUUCCACAACUAUAAUUUAAGAGCAAUAAAAUGA